AUGUCACCUCUUAUCUUUAGUUUCCCUGCAGAUUAUGGGUAUGUAGCCUUAGCAGCUUCCUCCACUGGUUUCUUAGGUUUAUUUCAAACGAUAGCCGUUAGCAAAGCUCGUAAAGCUGCUCAAAUUCCUUACCCAGCUCCUUACGCUAGUAAUGAAGAAGCAAAGUCUAAUCCAGCAGCUAUGAGAUUUAACUGUGCACAACGUGCACAUGCCAACACCUUGGAGGCCUUACCAUUCUUUCUCUUCAGCUUGCUCUUCACAGGGCUUCGUUACCCGCGCUAUGCUGCUGGCUGUGGAGCAACUUGGGUCAUAGGUCGCUUAAUCUACACCAUGGGUUAUGCAAGUGGGGUUCCUGCUAAGCGUAACAGAGGUGUUUUUCAUAACUUUGGUUACUUUGGAUGGAUCUCUACUUAUGCUUGUCAUCCUAGUUAG